AUGUUGGUUCGAAAUGAGCACUCACCGCAGCUCGCAUUUGGUUCAGACCCCCAUUCGCCGUCACCAAAAGGUAGCCAUUCGUUGCUGACUUGGCGGGGACUGGGAAGGGCGGGAGCAGCAGGGGAGGGGAACAAGAGCUUUUCCGACGUCCGUCGCGGAGCGUGCGACCCCGACGCGUUGAACCCAGACGUCCAUACGGCGCCAAUCGCGGACGACAGGAGAAGCGAGGAGGAGGAGGAGGAGGAGGAGGAGGAGGAGGAGGAGGAGGAGGAGGAGGAGGAGGAGGAGGAGGAGGAGGAGGAGGAGGAGGAGGAGGAAGGAGAAGGGAACGACAGGGAAGCUGAAGGAGGUGACAAGAGACGCUCCGUAUCAGAAGCCGCUACAGUCAGCGUGGAGAUGACUGGAGAAUCUGCUCUGAUUCCAGAACGCGCCUCUUCUCCUCGCACAAAUUCGUCCCCCACCCUUUCGUCCCUGCCCGCUCCUCCCCCGCCCGCUCCCACCGCACCAAUCACUGCCGAGGCUGCUGCUGCUGCGCCUGCAACUGCUGCUGCGGCUUGA